AUGGUUGGCAUUACUCCACCAUACCUGUUCACGCCUGUCAACCAGCAGGACAGGAAUCCGUGCUACAACUUCGACCCAAAGGCCGUUACGCGUGCCAGCUACUACUCCAUCGCCUCAUCAACGUCCACACCAAAGCCGAAACAGGAGGGCCCACUGAUCGACUUCAACAGACAUCCUGACAGCUACAUGAUCGUUCCUUCCGCUCGUCCUCAUGUCCCACCCAUACACCCAAACACAAAGCGGAGGAUCAACACGGCAAGAUGGUUACAAUUCACCCUCCGCGCUCUCCAGCUCCUAGGAGCCCUAGGAGCUCUUAUUUGCGUUAUUAUCAUCAGAGGCGUCAAUGAUGUUCAAGGCUGGAUUCUCAGAAUUCCCCCCGCUGUAGAUGCAGUGGUCUGUGUCUACUCGCUCUACAGUCUCCGUCGUCCGGCAAAGAGGCGUCCUGCAACCUCAUCGGCUAGCUAUAAUGCCUUCUCCUUCUUUGUCGACAUUGCUCUCUUGCCUUUCUACGUCUUCAUCGCCUUCUUCUCGGCUGCCAAUUGGACCAUGGCUCCUGGUGAGGAAGGACGCUGGACAUCCUUCUUCCACUCGUCUGACCAGGAUGGCAAAGUGCUAGAGUCUGCCUUCUUGAUCGGCAGUGUGACAGGUGCUUUGCACUUGUUCAGUAUUCCCAUCGACAUGUAUCUGUUCUCUAGAUUCCGGAAAAUUGCCCAGUAUCCACCAGACAUGAAUCCGUUGGAAGACAACCUGACCAGCAGGGUCAACCGUAAGCACAUGUACAAGAGCAGCGAUGCGUCGGCAGCCAUGUCAGAGCAGAGAUUGGCCAUGCUGAGUGGCAGUUCGAUCAGCUUGAGCAGUCCUACCCGUGUCUCGGCCAACAGAGAUUCGCUUGUUCCCGAGGCCAACCUCCGACCCAUGUCGUUCUAUCAGUCGCGCACCAAUCUGGAUCCUAGCUACUCUGGCCACACCAGAGACUCCGCCCGUCGCUCCAGGUUCGAAUAUCAACAGCCAUCCUCGGCUCAUGUCUCACAAACCAGCAUGCAUCGUACUUCACAAUCUCAUGAUCGUGAACGCUCUCGCUCUCGUUCCUCUCGACCCCAGUCCUUCCAGCGCUACGCGAAUCAGAGAGACUCUACUCAUGACCCAAUGCCAACUCGUCCUCUGUCAUUCAUCACCGCCUCGGAGGAUCUGAGUCGCAACGGCACUCCUCCUUCUGCUCACGCUACUUCCAUCGCCGAUAAGGCUCAGCCUGCUUUGCUCAACGACAAUUGGUUUGUCUUGGCUGACGAUGAUGCCGACUUAUCAUCUCCUCGCCGGACUCCUGUACCUGAGCUCAUGUCCGACCGUGACUCCAGCCCCGAAGCCCGUGAGCCGAAUGUUUCCCAGCUUCGAUUCGCCAGUGAAGAGUACAAGGAACUCCUGCCUCAACCCUUGCGCAUGCACCCUCCUACCCCUCCCAAGCAUUCCUUCGAUGGUGCUGAUUUCCAUUUCGAUGAGAUGCCGAAUGGGACUCUCGAACUUGACGAUUACUCUUUACGCCAGACUCCUAGCAACACAAGCAUUGGCCGUGCCUUGAGCCCCCCUGCACCCGAGCCUAAUGCCAUAUCUGCCAAGUCGUCAUUCUAUUCCCAAGGCCCUGACGAGACCAGCCGCUCUAGCACGCCAAAGAUCAAGCACUACGGUAACCUGACGCCUACAAUCAACAACGUACGCGGUGACAUGGUUAAGGAGCAGACUGUACCAAGGGGUCAAGGUCGUGUCGUCAGCAGGUCUGGCGUGGACGUUGCUGAUGCGAGCGUCAUGUACCUUUCAUCGGAUGACCCAUACGGCACCCGUGCUCGUAACGUAUCUGGCAAGAUUGCCGAGGAAGGUCUUGGUGGAAAUUGGGCUAGAAAGAGACAUGUCAGUGGACAGGCAUAG